AUGACUGCCGCCGUCUCCGCUGCUGGUGCGCUGCUCUGGAUGGUGCAAGCGCUGCUGGAGGAGCACGGAUGGACUGUGCAGGACGUCGACCCUGAUGCGCGUCGCCCCCAGCGCCCCGAGAGCUUUGCAGGGGACGCAAAUCUGCUGCCAGCACAGCGCUAUCAGCCGUCGUCGUCAGGAGGAGACGCCGACGUUCACGAGCGCGCGCUGCUGGUGGGCGGCAAACUGUUCGUCCACUUCGUAUCGUCCGCCGAGAGCGUCCAGCUGAGUCUACAACUGGAGCGCAACUUUUUUCCUGAGUCCACGAGCGGACCCUGUUCGGUGGCUUCAGAUGCAGAGCUCAGCCGUCUCCCAGAGCCGCUCCUUGCUCGCAUUGGAGGAUUCUUGAGCAUCCCGGACUUUUGUCGAGUCACGCAGACGAGCAAGUAUUUGCACCAGCUGCAAGAAGAUGCGGAGCUGUGGCAGCAAUUCCUGCAGCGUGACUACCCAAGCGUGCACUCUGAAGACCACCCAAAGUCUCUAUAUCGACAGCACCGUGCCUACCUGAAGCGAAUGGAGGCAUGGAACCAGUUCGACAGCGAGCGUCGUCUCCAAGAAUUCAUGCAUCACCAACCGGCUCACUGGCGUUGGCGCUCGGGUGGGCGGAUGCCAGCACCGCCACUGCGCCCGCCCAUGCCUCCACCGUUUUUAUCACUAGAAGACUCAUGGUCGCUAGUAGCGACGCCACGGCCGCCGCACCACCCUAGCCUGUUCGGUGAUGAAGAUCUCGGGUUCCUGCAUGAUCCGUCCACGUUCUAUCGAAUAGCCGAUCACGAGUCAGAGCCUUCCAAACGCUCGCUAAUUAUGUGUGCUGGAAAGAGUGUGUAUGGGUCAACUACAUGUAGUAAUACCGGAGCCGAUGAUUCUCGCAGCGACAAUGGCGAGCGAUUACUGCCAAACAACAACAACGCUGAAGCAGCUCACAGCAACCAGACGACCCACUUUCGAUCUCCUGCCACAGCCAAGACAACUACACUGAGUGAACCGCAUUCACCGCCACGGCAGCGUACCGACGAGGAGCUUGAGCAGAUCAUCCGAGACCUACGCCAGCAAGUCUUUCAACAGCAGCAACAGCAACAGCAACAGAAGCAAAACCAUAUCAAGCCGACAUCUUCUGCAAGAAGUGAGCACUCUGCUGCUGAUUCCGACCAGCCUCAAAAACACCACCGCAAACACUUGAAAAACCCCGUCGAGAAGAUGGAGAGAGUGGCCCCAACUGUCCCCGUGGCUGCGAGUAUUGGGUCAAGCUCGAUGACAAACAGCGGAGUACUCCUCCAGCGCCCGCUUUCAAGCAGUUACCUCAACAAGAUCUUUGCCGAGAGCACCAUCCAAAUGGUUGUGCCUGCCAUCAUUUACGAGGCGCCUACAGCCACCUCGGGUCGUGGCUGCAGAUCCAGCGGCAACACUAAUGCUGACGGCCAGGUAUCCUCGCUCGACUUUGCGUCCUUACGCAGUGCGAUGCCGAGAUCCAGGCCCAGCUCGAGUUCUGGGGGCCACCACGGCGGCAAGCAACCCUCGAAUCCACGCCAACUGCGACCUAAACAAACGUCCGGAUCCAUGCGAAUACCGCGCGAUAAAGCGCGUGGUGGGCAAACUGGCGACGAAUACUCGAGCGACUACGACGACAGUUUUCUCUACUUGGUCGACGCUGAAGGCGAUGCAGACUGGCCGGAGUCAGUCUCCCUGUCACCCGUCGGUCCGUGGGUUGUCGACAAUUUCGCUUCCGGAGUUGCGACCGAGACACCGCGUUCGCCUUCUGUGUCUACCUGCCAUUCCGUUUCAAGUCUCGGCAGUGACGACUUCGAAUGCAACGAUAGCGGGGGAGGGGGGGGAACCUGGAGCAACACUGAACUGUCAGCAAUGUCACCUCGAAGUCGCCUCCUGUACUUUUCCGCUUGUGCAGACGAAGUCGAGACGUCGAGGGGUUUGUUCUCACAGCUGCAGCACCAGCAACCUCUGCGUCGAUCCGCCACAUGUGGAAGUGACCUACUAGGAAACAUGAAGCUUUCGACCGCCACUAGACCAAAGCGCUGCUCGUCGGCCAAGACUGCACGGCAUAAGGGCCGUACCCCCAAUUCAGCUUCAUUCUCAAAGGGCUCUAAGCCAAAAGCCCCUUGUCGACCGAAUCAAUUGCGAAAGCGCCCACCCAGUGGAGGCGCCACCGACACGAGCUAA